AUGGAAAAAAAAUCUGCGAUGGAACCCGACGUUGAAUACGAACGCGUGAGUGGAGUACUUAUUAUUUUUUUUUAUAUAUAAUAAUAUAUUAUACAGGAUGAUCAGAAUUUUAUAUUACAGUAGUUUUCUCCUAAACAUGUACAAAAUAGAAAAUAAUGUACAAUGGAACAUGUUUAAUAAAUAGUGUAAUCUAAAAUUAUACGAGGGCUUAAAAUUUGUAUAUGUCGUUUGGGAGGGGGGAGAUUUCGGCACAGUACGGCGCGCGGCGUUAAAAUAGUGUCGCUAUAAUAAUAAAACUAAUUGCUGUAACAUUAAAUUCUGAUCACACUAUAUAUAUUUUUUACAUCUUUAUCCGUUCAACAACGGAAUCCGGCUACCAACUUUUAUUCUUGUCCUCCGCGUCUCUCAAUUCCAUCACAAUUUCCUCGUCUACACUCCAUCUAUGGAUUAACGCUAGUAAUAUCUAUGCACGUUUUUUUUUUACUUCGGUCACGUUUGUCUCACCCUAUAUCUUAUUAUUGACCACCCACGGUCUUAAAAGAUAAGGAUGGGACACUGGCUAUGUCUUCUGGCUUAUUUAUAGUGCCAAUUUUAGUUCACUUUUUUUAGAGAGCCUCUCAAACAUCUAAAAUUACAAAAUAUAUACAGGUUGGUUUUAAAAUUAAACAUUUUUUAGAUUUUAUGUUUGUAGCUAUAUAUCAAUAACAUAGUUCAUUAUAAUUAGUAUUAAUUAUGAUUAUAGUAUUUCAACCUAGCUCCAAAACGCACAAAGUUUACGCAUGUCACGCUAUUCAAACAACAAAUUAAAUAGGUACUAAAAUUGCCUCUUUAAACGGCCAUAUUUGAUCAUAGCUCACUGUUCCAACCUUAUAUUCUUAUACCGUGUUCUAGACUAUCAUCUUAUCAGUUUCUCCGUUUUCACAAAAUGCGUGUAUACAAUUUCGUAUGUAUUAAACAAUAUCAGUAAAGCUCAAUCGUAUUUAUAAAUGGCUUUUCGCAGAUUCUCGAGUUCAGCCCAGAUCCACCGCUUGAGGAUACCCUGGGAAAUCUGUGGAUAGCUGUCCGGAAGCUCGGACAAGAAUGCGUGAGAUAUGUUGGCGACAGAACGCGCAUGGUGGACGUUUGCCGCCAGCUAAUACCCAUAAUCAAACAGUCCAUCAUUUCGGAGAGAAUGAAGACGGAAAAACUGGAGCAGGUUUGUGUACUAGUGUACUACAGUGUUAUCGUCUAAAUGCUAAUAUUUUCUGUCAAUAUUCAUUUUUUUUUUUUCAAUCGAGGUUCGUGCGAGGGAAACACAUAUGUAAAGAAAAAUUAAAUUAUUAUUAUCAUCUCUUAAUUAUUGAAAAAAAAAUAACUUUAUUUCAUUACCUUUUAAAAUUGUUUAGAAACUCAAACUUCAUUACUAAAAAACUAUUAAUAGGAUAUAAAUGUAUAUCACAUUACAAUGUUUAGAAUACCUAAUAUAUUUUACGAAAUGGCUAUUUUCAAAUUUUUAAAAAGUGGAAAAAUAAAAAGUUAUUUUUUUCAGCGAUUAAGGGAUGGAAAUACAAAUUUAAUUUUUUUCUGCAUAUUUCUCCCCCUCACACAAAACUCAAUUGAAAAAAAAAACGAAAAUUGACAGAGUUAUAAGCAUAAGGAUAACACUGUAGGACUUCCUGUGUAGGAUGAUUUUGUUUUUAUGUCUGGUUACUUUUUUGGUCCUCAAACCGUUCUCACCAUACAUAUUUUAAAAUAUGCAGAUUUAUAUCGAUACAAAUUAACACACCAUAGUUUCAGAUUAAACUAUUGGGUUUUUUUUAAAUUUUUUAUGCUUUCUUUUAUAAAUAGAAAAAAUACUACUUUAAUUACUUUGUCAAACUAGUUAUACAAGCUCUACUCAGUAUCGUUCUAUGGUCUAUACACAUUUUUUUUUCUUUUUAACAACCUCAAAAUCUCCAUACUUGUACGUGAAAUGGUGUGUGAAUAUCUAUGCAGCAACUGAUCUCUGCGCACAGCACUCUGGACGCGUCUAAUCUUCGGGAACAAAUUAUACAAGAGUCCAACGACAAUCUAUUAGCACAGAUAAAGACGUUGAAAAAUGAAUUGGACGAAAAGACCAAACAAAUGGAAGAGGAAGGCUUGUGAGUUGACUAACCUAUCAUUUCUUUUACGGAUUUCUAUGUAUUAAUACCGUCUAUACAUUACAUAGGUUUUCUUCAAUGGGCCAAGGAGAUACGAGUCAAAUUGAGUUGACGAGAACAAAGCGAGAGCUGACGAGAGCAGAUGCCGAAAAUAAGCGGCUAGACAGUCUUUGCGAAUCGUUGAAAAAAGAGCUGGAUGCCGCCGAGUAUAACGUCCGGGAUCUCGAAGCCGAUUUGGCGGUGAGAUUUAAUAUUUAGAUUAUUAGGCUCACGGUUUAUGGAUUAUGUUAUUAUAUUAUUUUAUAGGCUCAGAGCAAUAACCUAGUGAAAGAAUUAAAAACCAUGGAAAAACUAGAAGACCGUAUAAAAAUCGAUCACGAGCAAAUGGAAAAAUUGAAAUCUGAACUAUUUUCCGUUAAGAAUAAUUUCAAAAAGGCCGAAAUCGUUACGGAAAAACUCAAUGAAACAUUGAAAGAUCUUAGAGUAAUAUACAUUACACGUUAUUAUAUAAACAUCGUUUAUUGUGUGAAUCGUAUAAAUUAUAAUACUAAAAAGAAGGAUUUUUUGUUGUUUGGAUUAUAGAUCACAAAUAAUAAUUUGAAUGCAAAGAAUUCAUCAUACGAAAAACAAAUAAAGAAACUAAACAGAGAAUUGAAAAUUAAGACCGAAUUAAGAGCUGACAACGUGCAAGAAAUAAAUAGACUGCAAGAUAAAAUAAAUGUACGUAAAUCGAAUUAAUAUUUAUGCACGCACGAAGUUGUUGUCAUCAUAAAGUCGGUUAUUUAACCUGUUAUUUUCUGUAUUAUUAAUUUAAAUCAUAAUUAUUAGUUUCAAGAAGAUGAACUACUCAGAGUUCAAUCCGAACUGACACGUUUGAUUGCAACUCACGAGACCACAGUCAGAAAGCGACAAGAAGUCACGGAAGAAAUGGAAAAAAUGUCGGAAAGAAAAAAUAAUGCCGAGAACAACAUAGCUACUUUGGAACGAAAUUUAAAUACGUCGCAGGAAGAAAAUAUAAGACUUAAAAGUUUAUUGGAGUUAUCGGCAAGAGAAAAGAAGUUACUGGAAAAAAACAUGACCAAAGUUAACGGUAUUUAUAAAUACAAAUUAUUUUUAAUAUUAUUUUUUUUAAAUAUUGUGUUUCGACAAUAUUCUCUAUUCAUAUUUACAGAACAGAUAAUGACGUACAUUGAAAAAAUGAAUUUAAAAGAGUCGGCAUUUCGAAUUUUAGAAGUGGAAUUUACCGACGCACAAAAAUAUAUCGAUAAAUUAAAUCGGGAGAAACUUGCAUUAGACAAAACCAAGGAAAAGUAAAAACAUCAAAACUAAAUUAUCAUAUAUUUUAAUUGUCGAUUAACUGAAUAUACCAUGCCCGUGUACAGAUUGCACCAAGAAAUUUCAACAUUAAAACGCCAAAUUCACGAAGACUCGGCAAAUUUGAAUCGUAAAGACGUAGAAAUACAAGAAUUAAAAAAAGAGGUCAACAGUUGGAGCGACAAGUUAAAAGAUCAAGACCAUGACUUAAAUACGAUUAAAACCGAAAGAAAUUUAUUUUUCAAAAAUCUAGCAGAGACCAAAGUCUGUGUUACGAUAUCUUAUUAACGAAGUGUUAAUUAAUAUUAUUUCGUUCUGUAUAUUAUUUAGGACGAAAUGGACGAAAUGAAAAAUAAGAUAAAAAUGAUAUCGCAACAACUCGAACAACAAAAAGAUUACGUCGCGUAUAAAGAAAUGCAAUUAACAAAGAACGAUGCAGGUAUAUAUAAUUAUGUUAUAUAAAAGCAGAAAAACGUAACAAUUAUCAAUAAUAAUAUUAUUGAUCGUUUAAUAUUCUCGGUGCUGCAGUUUUAAAACAAACCGAAAAAGAAUUACAAAAAUGUCAACAAGAAAUCGAUAAAUACGAGACCAAAGUUGAAGAAACGUCCAAUUUAUUAAAGAAGAAAAAUGAAGACAAAAAGUCCAUGAUUACAACGUUCAAAAUAUUGCAAAAAAAAAUAGAAAAACUUCAGAAACAAAAUCACGAAGUGAGUAAAAAAUAUUUUUUUUUCUUAAAACAGUAUCUCGAACGAGCUCCAAGGAAAAUAACCCGUUGAAAAAUAUUUAGUAUAAUAUAGCAAAGUAAUCGCAUUUUUUUUUUCUCAACUCCUCAACAUCUUCAACUUAUGAACGUUAUAAACAUGUUAACGCGUUAAUAUUACUACGGUUUACAUUUCACAUGUCACAGGCGAACGAAGCUAAAAAUAAACUCAUAAAUCAAAUAAAUAUACGAAACGAAGAGCUAUUGAAACAAAAAGAUACUAACGACAUAUUAAGGACAACACUGGGCAAAGGAGAAACAGAAUACAAUAAAAGGAUCGACGAUAUUCGGUUGCUAAAGUUGGAAGUAAAACGUUUAAGGUAAAGCUUUUAUUAAUAUUUUAUAAUAAAUAUAUAAUUUUAAUACCGGUAAUGCUGUAGUCGAUAAGUUUGUAACAACGCGUAAUAACCACCUGUCAUUUAAACGAAAUCGUAACUCGGUCGUUUAUCGCCGAGCGGCCAAUGCGUAGUGUUUUUGUUUGUUCGCGUAAAAAAAAAAAAAAUGAAACCAAUUGAUUUUAAAAUAUAACCAUCAAUUACGUGAUGCUAUACCGAUAAUUGUUCGUGAUAAAAACACGUAAACGUAUAAAAUGUCCAUACGAAACAAACGAUAAAUCUUGAAAAGCGGUUUUAAAGUUUAAAAUAAAAUUAUGUAGGUACCUAAUGUAAUUAACAGAAAAUGUAUAUUUUGUUAUCUUAUAUUUCGUUGACGUUAUUUUUGUUUUUGUUUUUGUUUGUGUAGUUUGUAAUUAUUUAAAAAAAGUUACAGUUAUCUGAAGAAAACAAUACGGUCUUUAAACCUACCUUUUCGAUAAAAAGGUAGACAAAUUGGAGAGAGUGAUAAAACGUUUGCGAAAGUUGCUUUAUUGAGGCUUCAAAACGAUUUUAAAAAAAUAUCAUUAUAUAACGUUAAAUAAUUCACAAAUCAAAAUCAAUAACGAAAAACCAUAAACGAUUGAAACGGAUAACAGAUAACAUAUCAGUAAACAAUUCAAACAACUAACGUAACAGAAAAUGAUAAAUGAUUUAAACAUAACAGAUAGAAAACGAAAAUAUCACUAAUUUAUAUAGAUUAUGAUCAAUUUUUAAUUCAAUUAUUAAAUGGAAAAUGUUAAAUAACCAUUCAAUUUUACACGUUUAAUUAUGCAUAGCAUUUAACGCUUAAUUAAAAAAAAAAUCCUUUCGAACAAUACACGCUUAAGUCAAAUAAUAACAUGUAAACAUUAAAUUGUUGAUAACAUUAAAUUUUCUCAUAGCGGUAAACAAUAUUAUCGGAAAUGUAUCGCCGUAUCGGCAACCGAGUUUUAGGAUUAUCACUGGCUCAAAAUUAUCCCAAAAUAGAUCAAAUUUAGAUAAAUUCAAUUGAAACAAUUAUAAUUGUUCGUGGUCCACCGGAUAGCUCGCCGGUUCAAUCCGGGCUUGUUGGUUUUGUAUAUUCAGUACCGAAUUGUGAGUAAAACCAGUCAGACCAACCGAGUUAUAAUUUGAAGCGGCUCAACUCUGAAUAUCCGAUAAACUUUUCUUCAAAUCAUUUAAUUUACGUGUUUUAUCGUUAAGUUUACAAAUAGCCAAAUACUUAUAGAUUUCUACAAAAUGAAAAUAAUACAAGUAACCAAAUCGAUUGUUGUUAUUUUUAGAUAGUAUUAUUGACAACGUUUAUUUUGAAUGGUGUAUAAAAUCAUACAAUGAUUAUUGAUAACUGAAGCUGUCCCGCUUGGCGAUCAGCGUUGACGUGCCUAAAGAAAUAAUCAACAAAUUAUUAUUAUGCUAUGAUAAUAAUAUGAUUCUUGCAUGGGUUAUUUUAUUAUUUAUUUGUUUUAAUUUUUUUAUUAUUAUUAUUAUUAUAUUCCAUCCGUAUCCCCGAGGUUGCCAAAUAAAUUAACUAAAAUUAUUCGAUUUUCGUUUCCGAAAUACCGAUAACACUGCGUCAAUGCCCGUCCCUCUUUAAGGUUAAAUACGGGAAGAGAAAGUAGGGCAAAUUAUUAGUUAUUUCUAGUAUAAAACUACGAUGCUUUAAAACAAAAAUGUAUGAUAAUAUAUUUUAAUAUUAUAGAUUUAACAUUAUAGAUAAAUACGUUAUUUUCGGGUAGUUAAUUUUAUAUUUAUUAUUUUUUUUUUUUUAAUUCGUUUUGACUCCGCGUAAAGUAGGUAACAAAUUAUUUUUAUUAAAAUAAUAAUAAACAGGGUGUAACAAGACUAUUUGUUAUUUUCACAUUGUAAUUACAUGUAAAAAUUUCAAAUAGUCUAGUUAUACCUUGUAUAGAAGAAUAAAAAUGAAUCGGUUAUUUUCCAGAGACUGAAUAAUAUUCGUUAUUUUUUCCUCUUAUAAUGUUUAAUAAGUAUCUACCUAAAUGUAAUAUUUAUCACACUAAUAAAUUACAUUUUUGAAUGAAUAAAGAUUUUUUUUUAAAUACCUAUCUAUUAAUUUGUUUUUCGUUAUAAUAACAGUGCACGAAAUAUUUUUUAUUACAAACGCGACCACAAUUCUGUGAAACGAAUUGGAAAAAAAUAUUACCACGUGCGGAGCAAUGUCUAAGGAAAUCCAAAUCAAUUAUUUUCAGUAACGAAUUGUUUUUAUGCAGUACCUAUUUUUUUUUUUUUUAUUUCCUUAACUUGUCAAAAAAAAAAAUGAACAAAUUCAUAUCAAAAUUCAUUACAGUAGUGGAUAGAUAAUAUAAAUAAAACGAAAGACCCAUUUGCUUGUUAGGCCUAGCCAGUUAAAUGACCUGUUAACUACAUGCUCAGAUAAAAAAAAAACCUAGGUAACUUUUGAUUAAAAUAUUAUGAUUCUAUCAAUAAUUAUAUAUUUGUUCCAACAUUAAGUACCUAAGCUAUCGUUAAAAAACUAAAGAUCUAAAAAUACAUUAAUUGGUAUCAAUCACAUCGUUAAUAUGAAUAUAUCGCCAUCUUCAGUCAAUCAAUUGUUAUCAUUACAAUUUUAAUCUAAAUUAUUUUGUUGUCAUUUUUUUUUUUUUUUUUUUUGAUACGUUACAAAAUAAGUAAUACGUAUUUCUUUCAAAUAACAUAAUAAUACUUACUAACUUGGCAAUGAUGACUUACCUAUUUACCUAAAAGCUAAAAUAAAACAAUUACUUUUUGAAAUUAUAAGUAGGUAAAAUCGUACCUACUAAAUGUGCAAUAUACUUAACAAUAUAAUCUGAUUACAUCAAAACUCACUCAAAGUUAAAUUUAUUGGCUGAUUAAAUAUAUCGGAUUUAUUAGUUCGUGAUUAAUGUUAAGUUAAAAUUUUAACCAAAUGAUAGUAAAAUAACAUUAUCUUGAUUGGUGAUUAAUAAAACGGGCUUCAAGCUUCGAAAUAAUAUUGAAACUUUAUUUCACCGUCAAACUAAUACUAAAAGUAUGCGAGUUUUAUAUAAAUAAAUAUUAGCUUGAUUUAUAAAAAGUUAGGAUAUUUUAUUAUGAUUGCAAUAUUUCCAAAUUUUGGUAAAAUCCCGUACAUUUGCGUGAACAUAAUAAUUAAUAGUUAAUAAUAAUAAUAACAAAAUUAUCUAACUUAUACUAUGUGCAUUUCUAGCGAUCAAAAGAAUUUGCUGAUGAAAAACUUAUCCGAAAUAAACGAUGUACGGGGCGAGGUAUUGAAAUACGAACAAACAUUGAACAGGGAACGUUUGAAAUGUCGAGCUCUGGAAGAAAUGUUACUAAAACCCACGAACGUGCACCAUUGGAGACUUUUAAAAGUAAUUUGCAUAACUAUAAUACGGUGUUUUCGUCACGAAUGACAGUUUCCCGACGAUAAUGGCAAAACCAUCUGCCCCGGAGCUAUAGGUGCCAUUUCGGGUUUUUGCGCCCGGAUUUCUUCCGAUUCCCGGGGAUGAUUAAAAUCAAAUAAUUUGCAUAGCAAUUUACGGUGUACAUUUCAAAAACCAAGUAUAAAGGAUGUUCAUGGAACAGUAUAGUGAUAGAAUAAAAAAUGUACUGGGGGUUUCUUCUACACUGAAGCUAUUUUUUAAAACGACUAAUACAAUAUUGAUUUCAAAAAAAUUUGUAGUUUUAUACGUGAGUAAUAUUUGAAUGUUGAUUUUAAAAUUAAUCUGAUUACAUUCCGGAAAAUUAAAAAGAAAAAAAAUGAUAAUUCAAACGAGAGUGGUAAAUUUAAAUCCUACACUUUUGACGAUAUUAUUUCAUUAACAAAAUACAGUUACGUUAAAUAUCUGACAACUGAAUUAAAAUACACGGUAUUUAGUAGUAUUCGUAAGUUGCAGAAACCGCACAACAAUUUGAAUUUGUGUAUUAAUAUAAAAAUUGUAUUAUAAUAUUUCUAAAAACUGCAUAACUAUAAAUACUAUUGAUAAUAUAUUAAUAUGCCGAUGGUCGCGUUUAUAACGUAAAUAACGGAAUAUAAUGGACUGAAGUAUUAUGAUAGUCCAUUGGUACUAUUACUUUAUCUACUAAAUAUAUUUUAUAUGUAUGAUAAUAAUUAACAUAACUAAAUAUUAAAACCAACAAUGUACUAUUUUUUUUUUUUCGAGAAAACCGAAACUACCAAGAAACUUCAAAUAAAUACAUAAAAAAAAAGUUCAUGGGGGGGAUAUGACACCCUCAUCCCACGCCCGUGAACACGCCCCUGCAACGCUCACAACAGCACACCAAUCACAAUAACCAUAUUAAUAUUUUGGCGGAAUGUUAUUAGAAGUAUAUAUUUAAGAAAAACAAAUAUUUUAAAAUAAAUGGGUAUUUGCAUGUUGCGCAGUGUUAGUAUUUUAUCAAAACAAAAUGUAUGCAAAUACCUAUUAUCAUAUAUUAAAUUUUUUUUUUUUUCGGAAAUUUCCUACAGUCGUUUACUACUUGGAUUUAUAUGCUCGUGAUACAUAAUCAAUUAUACAGAAUAAAGUACAAUUAUAAUCGUUGUAUCUAUAGUUCAAAGCCGUCCAUCAUAAAUACUAAGAUCCUUUAUAACGCCUUGUCAACGUGUUUAAUACUUAAUUUGAAUAUUAUAAUAUAAUAUUAACAUAUUAGUAUCUCCUCCUAUUCCAGAAUACUGACCCACCGGCUUACGAAAUGACGGUCAAAGUGAGGAUCCUUCAAAAACGUUUACUCGAACAAUGCACCAAAGUAUUUGACAAGAAUCUGCAAGUACAAGAGAUACAAACACGAUACGAAAAACUCAAAGAUGAAUUCGUUAAGCUGCCGGGUACAGAUGUAUUCAAAGAAAUGAACAAUAUCAAAAGAACGUUGUUGAAAAAAGAAGACAAAAUGAGGGUAAAUUGGUUUGAGUCAUUUUCGGUUCAAUUAUUAUGGAAUAAAAAUAUUUGUAAAAACACACAUAUAUACUUAUAUACAUUUUAUUUGUCCAUAUUUAUUCCAACCAAAUUAUUAUAUUUAGAGGUUAUCCGGAGAAUUGAUCAUCAGUCAGCAAACAGCGAAGGAAUACAUGUUUAAUUUGGAAAGAACGAAAAGAGAAUUAAACGAAUUCAAAAAUAAAUAUUUCGAAAUGGUAAUUGAUUUUUGUUUGAUAUAGGUACUUUAAUAUAUUUUGACUUCAUAUAUUUUUAUUCCAAGAAAUUCUGCCCAUUUUAUACAUAAAAAAUAUACAUUUUUUUCUCUCUUAAAUAUAUCAUGAAUAAUAUUAUAAGAUGGGGUAGUUUUAACAUAAAUCAGGCUAAUGUCUGCUAAGUUUAAAAAGUUCUUUUUUCUUUUCUGAACUUUUUAAUCACGUGCAAUUUUUUAUUUUCACAAUUUAAUUAUUUUUCUUUCCUUUCUCAUCCACAUAACAGAGUAAACUUUUGAUUUUUAAACCAUAAAUCACUAUAUUAAUUAAUUUAAACUCAAUUGAAAUAUUAAUGAAUUAUCGUAAUAAUUAUAUGCUAAACCAAGCGUGUAUCAAAAAUAUUGCUAGAUGAAACAAUUUAGUCAAAUAUAAUAUACUAUUAUUUUAAUCAACGUACCUAUUGGAAUUUGAUGUAUUAUUUUAUUUGUAAAAACCAGUGGUUCUUAACCUGUUUUGUAUGACGACACCCUAAUUUCAGGAUCCGUAAAAAUUAAUGGAAUUUAAAUGACACACACAACGCUCACAACACGGUGAUUACGACUGAGAACAUGUUUAUUUACGUACCUACGCGUAAUGCCUAUUUUCUAGUUUUUCUAUCUGUUGGUUUUACCAAUAUACCAGGGAGUGGCUGUAGUACUUUCAAUGUGAAGCAAACGGAAGGGCAAACUUCAGUAUGUGUAGUUAGAGAAAAAACAAUACUAUGCAAUUUAUUGUAGUUUUAAAGUGGGUAUUAAUGAUAAGUGAUAAUAUUAUUAUCAUGAUAACAAAUUACGAUUUAAUAUUGAAUAAUAAAAUAAUAAUAUAAUAUUUAACCACAGUACUGUAUAUAUAAAUUUGAAGUUUAAUUUUAAUAUUUCAUUAUUAUUUUAUAAUAAAUUAUAUAAAUUAUUUUAUUUUUUAGUAAAAUUGUAUUUGUGAUUUAGUCAAUCGUUUACCAACGAUUUUUAUAUUAUUCGUAUGAUAUUUCUAUGAUUUAUGAUAUUUUUAUUUUAUUUAUGGUCAGACUUUUGCCUUUUUGGAUACUUAAUUAUCACGACUAAGCAAUUAUAUGUUAGUGUACAUAUACUCUGUACAUACUCUAUGAUUUUAGCAUACCAUAAUAAUAAUGUCGUAUUUAUAUUAUACUUUGAAAACGUACAGUAUAAAGCCUAAGGCCGUGGUAUAAGCUAUGAAGUCGUAUAAGCAAUCAUAAAUAAACAAUUUUUUUGGCAACACACAUCAGGGUAAUACGCGACACACUAGUUAAGAACCGCUGGUAUAGAUGACACUAAUAAUAGUAAUAAUAAUCAAUACGUGUAGAUGAUUCGUAACAGAACAAAACGGAUAUUUUUUUUGUGUACUAUCGAUAAAGUAUAUUACGUUUGUAUAACUGUUUCAGAAAGGUAUCAUCGCAAAAAUCAAAACCAAAAAUAAAAACAUAACAUCUUCAAAUAAACCUGCAAACAUGGUUUCUACGAGUUAUGGAUUUUCAGACAUGGCAAUAUAA